AUGAACCAUAUCCCCCGUCUACGCAUCGAAAUCAAGCCGCGAAAUGAGGACUUCAGGCUCACAGACCUCAAGAAAAUCGUCACCUUCCUCUGGGCGGCAUCUCCUCGCCUAAACCAACUCCAUGCAGAAUACUGCGGGCCCGCUUCAACCAUCGCACCUGGCUUGGAGUUCACCAAUAUUUUCAACUUUUUGCCCUUCACCUAUCUCUCUGACGCAGAAUGGCGCGGCGAACCCGCCGAGACGGUCUUCACCCAUGGCCCGCCGAUCCCGACGACGACGAAAAUGCUGAAAACGCCAGAUGUGAUGCGUCACUCCGCCUUUGCGCAGUUUGCGGCUCGUGAAAUUUCGGAAAUGGAUAACCUGGAAUCCCUCCUUGAAGCCACCACUAUCCGUGUUAAGGACUUGGAAGGUGAGAUCGGGACGCUUCCCGGAGCUUAUGACUUCUCCCACUUAGCCGAUAUUGACCCCGUACAAAGAACCAUUCGGUUUGCCCAACACGCUGGCACGAUGAAUUCCGACGCUAUCAAGAAUUGGAUCAAGGUAUGUCACGGCCUCGUCUCCUUCUGUCUCGACACCUGCAAACAGCGGGUUGACCGUAUCUUUGAACAACUGGAGGUCUCUUCUGCGGAAGCAUACACCGUUUACGACAUCCUCAAAGACAUUGACCUCGUCUCUCAAGCAGAUUACUACCUCGACAAGGGCUCCAACCCCUUUGUCCCGGACCUCGCUUGCCACCGCCGCAUACCAACGGUCAACCUCGCCGAUACCCGUGACCUUCCGCCAUACACCUUUGGCAUCGAAGUCGAAUUCCUUGUUCCUUACUCCCACGAAAACACCCCAGAUCCCUAUCCUUCCGACCCCCGUUGGGUCUACCGCUACAACCCAGACGCAGACCAACAUGAUCCGUCUGAAGACGCACGUACCGUCUCCCACAGCGGCAACGCAGAAUAUCUGGCCAAGAUGCUCAACAAGGCGGGCCACUUCAGCGUCACUCUGUAUCGACUCUUGGACGCCUGCAACGACAUCGAAGGAGACCGAGCACAGGCGCUCGCCACCUUGGCCAAGUCAAGCGGCCUAAACAUGCGUCUUGUGGACAAGGUCGAGCCAAUGUUCCAAACGUGGCUCGCACAACCCGACUUCAGCCUCUCCAGCUUUCACUCGGGCUUUCUUGGGUACUCGGGCGGUAUUACCGGCGUAGAGCUCUGCAGCCCAAUCUUGCGCGACCAACAAACAGAUUUCGACAAGAUUGUCAACAUCGUGAAGCUUGUCCGGAACAGCAUGCGUCCAAUGCUGAAUCCCACCUGCGGAUUCCACGUCCACGUCGGUAAUGUUCGGAACUUCUCCCUUCUAAGCCUCAAACGCAUCGUCACGCUGAUAUGGGCGGCCGACCCCAUUCUGUACAGCUUAGUCCACCCUUCCCGACGCGAGAACGCAUACUCCAUCCCCCCGCGCAAAGGUUCUAAGCUGGCUAACAACCAAGAUCUGCCGCCGUAUUCUGACGUGUGGAACUUGCGACGUGACAAGUUACACGAGCUGGAGAUCGAGUCGCACGUCCCCAUGGACAAGAUCCCCGAUCGACUCCAGCGUGAAAUUUACCAGAUUUGGUCCGCUGUUAACGAGCGAGUGCUGAUUGGCCUAGUAGGAUCGCCGGUGGGAGCCCGUACGGGCAUAUCUUUGCACAGAAUCAAACCCGUCGAAGACAUGGAUACGGAGAAUCCUGCGGCGACGGUGUACGAGGGUACAAUCGAGUUCAGAUGCCUCGAGGGAACGCUGCACCCAGAACUGAUCGUCCAAUGGGUCAAGUUGCUGCUAGCUAUUGUAGCAAAGGCCGAGGCUUCGACCGUGUGGAAGUACUUUACCAUCAUGUCCGAGGUGCUGAAGGAGCACAAAAGUGACAGAGAGCAGCUGGCUGGUUUUCUUCAUGUUCUGGACCUGGGGAGUGCCGAGUCUUUUUGGGAAAAGACUGCAGAGAUGAAUAGGACUUUGGCGGUUGGAGUCGUAUCCGAGGACGAUUCUAACCAGCCUUCCGAAUGGGAGAUGGUUUUUGAUGAAGGGGAAAGCACACGAAGUCGGUAUGAAAACGAUACUGUUGUCGUUCAUCCCCUUGCUAACAACGAGGCAAUCGGCAUUGAAACGAACAUACCCUGA